AUGCAGCGCCGAACCUUUGAAGCUCCCAUGGAAUGGGAGUACCAGAACUCUGGGCCUGUCGAUCUGACCAGCCCAUUUGCCCAAGUGGCCAAGAAGAAACCAGAGAAUUUGUUCAACUCGCCUCACAAGUCAUCGACAACGCAGAGCACUCCAUAUUCCGUCUUUGGGACACCAUCCAAAGUGCCCGCGACAUCAUUCUUUACUCCCCAGCUCGCCCCCAAAGUUGUGGCACCACCAUUUCGAAACCCAGCAUUCACAACGCCAAGAAAACUCGACGAGGUGGGCAUAUCUGAUGCUUCAUUCACCGACGUCGAGACCUCCUUUACCGACGCCUCCUUCGUCUCUUGCGCCGAAGGCAGCCCAGCGCCAACCGAAGCCUCUGCGUUUCCCAAUGAUACCCCCGAGUCGGAUCGCAUGAGCGUCGCAACGAUAGGCAACACGACGCCGACCAAGAUUGACAAGAACUCUCGCUACAGCAGGAGUUCACCACGAUGGCAUGCGACGGGCAGAGGAGAGAUUCGACCUCUUAGCAGGGACUCUCCGCGCAAGGAACUGCAGGUCCUUAGGAAGCGGAAGCGGCACAAUUUCGACAAAGACGUCAGCAAUGUGAUCAGAUAUUUGCCCUCGGAAUGGGAGGGCGAUGCGACAGAUUCAGACGCGAGCAUAGGAUCGUAUCAAGGCGCAUCACAACCAUCUUCAUCACAGCAGAGGCACCAGAUACCGCCGACCCCUCAGCCUGCCAAAGGUUGGUUUGUGUCCGCCUUGGGCACAAUGGAUCAAUAUCCACGCGCUCCCGACCACAUAUACGGGUGGUUGCGGCUUGUUCUGAAUUGCUUCACAAUCGGUACCGCAAUAUACGUUGGUUGGGUUGUUUUCGACGCAGUGCGAUCAGACGUUCGCAAUGCCCACGAGAAGGCCCGGAUGGCGAUGAUGAGCAGCAUCACAGAUUGCACAAACCACUAUACCAGCAACCAGUGCGCCAAAGGAGCCCUGCCGGCGCUGCGCGACCUGUGUCAGAAAUGGUAUGACUGCAUGUCGCAAGAUCAGGAUGCCGUAAUGCGAGUCAGAAACACAAUCCAGGAGAUUGCAGAGAUAAUCAACACCUUUUUCAACACAAUGAACUUCAGAGCAUCGAGACGGUCCAAUGCGCAAGUAACACCAACUCAUGCUCCCGCCUACUCCCAUGUUUCAAUGAUGGCUCCAGACGCCACGCCAGCACACUACAGAGAGCGGUUCGAGACGCCCAUGUCACAGCGAUAUGCCUUUAUUGAGGACGACAUAGCUGGAAAUGCAGGCUUUACAUACUCUUCUACAGGACGGCGAAGCCCUAUCAAGUAUCACCGAAGUCCUGGCAAGAGUGUUGAAAGAUCAGGGGGGUCUCUGCGGUGGUAG